AUGUCUUAUGAAUAUCAGCUUCUUCCGGUGACCUACAGGAACGUGUCUCUGAUGGAGAACCUGGAAUUCGAGGAUGACAAGCUGACCUCGGUUGAGGUUCCUUCGCUAAGCGCCAACAAACUCAAGUGCGAGCCCUGCAAUAAUGACAGCUUGGAGGUGGUGGAUGCCAUUUACUUUUGCAAAAACUGUUUGGAAGGACUGUGCGAAACAUGCGCCAAAUACCAUAGAAAUAUGAAAGCUCUAAGAAACCAUGUCGUCAUAGAGUUGGGUGAAACGUCAUCUUCCAUGGCUCUAAAGCCCCUUGCCUCCUUUGGAACUGCUACUGGCAACCAUUGUAACAUCCAUCCACAUAAAGAGCUGGAUUUCUUUUGCGUCGACCACCAGAGUACCUGCUGCGUCAUGUGCAUCGCGCUCGGUCACAGAAAGUGUGAGAUCGUCAAAAGCGUUGACCAGGUUGACAUCGGGACUGAUUUUGGACUGUCCACCGCCUCUUUGUUCCAGAGAGCAGAUAAAUGUGCUAGUUACGCUCAGUCAGUUGUAUCCACAAAGGAACGCAGUCUCCAGUACCUCCAGGACCAGAAGAAUAAAGCGACGGCACGAGUUGCUUCUAUGAUUCGAAAUACCAAAACCAUCCUCGAUACCCUUGAAUCGAACAUUAAUCAGGACAUAGAUAAUGUUGACCAGCAGCAAAGAAUGCAGCUUCAAGAUCAAGUUGAACGUUACCGAAAGAUCGUCAGCGAGAUUAACGAGACCAAAAAUAAACUAGAAACUUCAGUCAAAUUUCAAACGAAACUGAACGUCCUCCAACAAGCCCCACGACUGGAAGAGCUGUGUCGGAAGUAUGAACACGAGUUCCAAAACGAUAAAGACAAAGACAGCGAAAUAACCUUUGGAUGGUCACCGGAUGCAGUCUUAGACAAUCUAGCACGAGUGCAGGAUAAUAUUGGGAAAAUGCAUCUGACGCCAAUUCAAAGGCUGGAAGCACCACACCAUCCAAGUCGGAAAAUUUACUGGGACAAAAGAAUAAUCAAGCGAUCCGAAUUCAAUGCCAAGACUGGGUCUGACAAAAGCAAUUGUCUCUUUACAGGCGCUGGUUUCACAAGCAAGGGUGAGAUCGUUCUAGCAGACCACAGCAACCGGAAAAUUAAACUUUUCACAAGAACCGGCACUCUCCGCCAUCAACUCCGCUGUGAAGAUCAACCUUGGGAUGUUUGCAUGGUGGACGAUGACAAUGUUCUCGUCUCCUUCCCGGCAAAGCAAAAAAUCCAAGUCUUUCGCGUCCGUGAAAAGAUCAUUCCGAUCCGCAAUAUUGCAGUAGACGGAAAUUGCCACGGAGUAUCGCAUAGUGGUGGGAAACUUGUGGUCACUUUUUCUGAUGACUACAAAAGCUGCAUUGGUUCCGUGAAAUACAUGGAUAUGCAGGGGAGAGUCACGCGCAACAUCAACACAAAUUCAACACACAAGUUCGUGUUUGAAUGGCCACACUUUGUCCAUUUCGACGGGGAUCGCAACUGCGUAUAUGUGACCGACGAAAGCAAUGGGUCGGUAGUAAAGAUAAUGCAAUCAGGAGCAAUCCAGUGGAUCUGUCGGGAAGCUAUUAUCAAAAGUCCAACCGGAAUUGACGUGGACAAUGAAGGCAACAUCUUCGUCUGCGCAUUCCAUGCCCGUACGUUGGUACAGUUGUCACGAGAUGGACACGUGGCCAAAGAGAUGCUGACAGACGUGGAAAAUCCUUUGAAAAUUGCUUUCGACAAACUUAAAAACAACUUUGUUCUGACCAAUGGAUUCACUACAUCCCAAAAUUUCAUUGGAAUAUAUCAAUGCAUAUAA